AUGGCGAAAUCGUGGCCGCAUUUCCCAUCUCAAGAUGUGUUAUCAUCAACACAGGCAGCGGUCAGAUCAAAAGAAUGGGAGGGCCCAACAAGGUGGACCGAGUACUUGGGCCCAGAUAUAGGAUCCAUAAGUAAUGGUGGAGCCGCGUAUCAAGGCUCUGGCAGUUCAUCCCAGAAGGGUUUGAACAUGCAGUGGGUGUACCAACUCACCCAUGUAGCGGAAGGGUUAAUGGCGAAAAUGUAUAGACUUAAUCAGAUUUUGGAUUAUCCUGAUUUGGUAAAUCAUAUCUACUCAGAGGCAUUCUGGAAAGCAGGCCUGCUACCAAACCAACCCAAAAUUUGUAUUUUGCUUGAGAAAAAGUUUCCUGAACACCACAGCAAGUUGCAGCUUGAACGGGUGGAUAAGUUUGCAUUGGACGUUAUGAACGAUAGUGUUGAGGUUCAUUUGCAGAGCUUGGAGCCAUGGAUUCAGCUGCUUCUUGACUUGAUGGCAUUCCGAGAACAAUCUCUGCGGCUCAUAUUGGAUCUAAGCAGUACUGUGAUUACCUUGCUGCCCCAUCAAAACUCCCUCAUACUACAUGCCUUUAUGGAUCUCUUUUGCUCAUUUGUACGGGUCAAUUUUUUUUCCGAGAAGAUACCUAGAAAAAUGAUACUGCAAACGUACAAUCUUUUGCACGCUAUGGCACGGAAUGACCGUGAUUGUGAUUUUUACCAUAGGUUAGUUCAAUUUGUAGAUUCUUAUGAUCCACCAUUGAAGGGGUUGCAUGAAGAUCUUAAUUUUGUCAGUCCUAGGAUUGGAGAGGUUUUGGAGGCUGUGGGCCCUAUUAUCUUCUUAUCUACAGACACGAGGAAGCUGCGAAAUGAGGGUUUUCUAAGUCCAUUUCAUCCUAGAUAUCCAGACAUACUCACUAACUCGGCACAUCCAAUGAGAGCUCAAGACCUGGCAAAUGUUACUUCCUACCGUGAAUGGGUAUUAUUUGGAUAUUUGGUUUGUCCUGAUGAGCUACUUAGAGUCACAAGCAUUGAUAUCGCCUUGGUUGUGCUGAAGGAAAACCUAGUCCUGUCUUUAUUCAGGGACGAAUAUAUAUUGUUGCACGAUGACUAUCAGUUAUAUGUUUUACCACGGAUACUUGAAUCAAAGAAGUUGGCAAAGUCUGGAAGAACAAGGCAAAAGGAAGCAGAUCUUGAAUACAGUGUUGCAAAGCAGGUAGAGAAAAUGAUAAGUGAAGUUCAUGAGCAAGCGUUAUACACCUGUGAUGCUAUACACCACGAAAGAAGAAUAUUGUUGAAGCAGGAGAUUGGAAGGAUGGUUCUCUUCUUUACUGAUCAACCAAGUUUAUUGGCUCCUAAUAUUCAGAUGGUGUUUUCUGCCUUAGCCUUUGCACAGAGUGAAGUACUAUGGUAUUUCCAGCAUGUUGGGAUAGCGACUUCUAAAUCAAAAACUGCUCGAGUUGUGGCGGUUGAAACUGAUCCAAAUGAUCCAACUAUCGGGUUCUUAUUGGAUGGAAUGGACCGUCUUUGCUGUCUUGUCCGCAAGUAUAUUGCAGCCAUUAGAGGCUAUGCCUUGUCAUAUCUAUCGUCCUGUGCUGGUAGAAUCCGAUUUCUGCUUGGUACCCCUGGAAUGGUGGCUCUCGACGUAGAUUCUACAUUGAAGGGACUUUUCCAAAGAAUGGUUCAGCAUCUAGAAAAUAUACCAAAACUUCAGGGUGAAAAUAUUUCGGCUAUCACCUGUGAUUUAUCAGAAUUACGCAAGGAUUGGCUAUCCAUAUUGAUGAUUGUGACUUCUGCACGUUCAUCUAUUAAUAUUAGACAUUUGGAGAAAGCUACGGUAUCUACAGGUAAAGAGGGCUUAUUAUCUGAAGGGAAUGCGGCACACAAUUGGUCCAGAUGUGUUGAUGAGCUUGAAACUCUAUUAUCGAAGUAUGGGAGUCUGAAGAAACUUUACUUCUAUCAUCAACAUCUUACAACUGUUUUCCGUAACACCAUGUUUGGUCCUGAAGGUCGUCCGCAACAUUGUUGUGCCUGGCUUGGUGUUGCUAGCAGCUUUCCAGAAUGUGCAUCACCUAUUGCUCCAGAGGAGGUGACGAAAAUUGGCCGAGAUGCAGUUCUAUAUGUUGAAUCUCUUAUUGAAUCCAUCAUGGGUGGACUGGAAGGUUUAAUAAAUAUUCUCGGCUCAGAAGGAGGAUUUGGCUUCUUGGAGAUGCAGCUUAACCCUGAACAAGCAGCGAAUCUUAUGAACUUAACAUCCAGAGUAUCUGCCCCUUCAAUAAAAUCUCCAAGAGCUCCAUACAAUUUUCAUUUGCCGGGCUAUGAGAGCUAUCCAGAAAAUAACAGUUCUAUCAAAAUGUUAGAAGCUGCAAUGCAGAGAUUAACAAAUCUUUGUUCAGUCUUGAAUGACAUGGAACCUAUAUGCGUUCUAAACCAUGUAUUUGUUCUUCGAGAGUACAUGAGAGAAUGUAUCCUUGGGAACUUCAAACGUCGACUCCUCACCGUGCUGAAAACCGAUUCCGAUCUCCAGAGGCCUUCCAUCCUCGAAUCUCUCAUCCGCAGGCACACCUCCAUAGUUCACCUGGCAGAGCAACACGUCAGCAUGGACCUCACCCAAGGCAUCCGUGAGAUCCUCCUCGCCGAGACCUACUCUGGCCCCGUCUCAUCUCUCCAGCUGUUCGAAAAAUCCCCUGAGCAGCAAACUGGGUCGGCAACUGAGGCUGUCUGCAACUGGUAUAUUGACAACAUUGUCAAAGACAUCUCGAAUGCCGGCAUCCUAUUCGCCCCUCUCCACAGGUGCUUUAAAAGCACGAGGCCUGUCGGGGGCUAUUUCGCCGAGUCGGUCACUGAUCUCCGUGAGCUAAAAGCGUUUGUCCGCACGUUCGGAAGCUAUGGGGUCGACAGGCUGGACAGGAUGCUGAAGGAGCACACGGCCGCACUCCUCAACUGCAUCGACACGACUUUGCGCGCGAACCGAGAGAAUCUCGAGGCGGUGGCUGCAAGCAUGCACGCUGGGGAUCGGGUGGAGACCGAGACGAAUAUAAAGCAGAUUAUUGACAUGGACACGAUGGUCAGGUUCUGCAUCCAGGCGGGCCAGGGGGUAGCCUUUGGUGCCUUGCUGGCGGAAGCAUCCGGAGCUGUGCUCAGGGAAGGUGCGCCUCUGAUAUAUUCGCUUCUAGCAGGAGUGGCGGGGCAUCUGCCGGAUGAGAUACCCGAGAGGAGAGAGGUGAGGAGAAUGAGGAGAGUGGCGAGCAUAGUGAAUGGUGUCGGGAAUCGUGAUUUUGAGUGGAUUAGGUCGAUUUUGGAUGAGGUUGGGGGAGCGAACGACGGGUCGUGGAGCUUGCUGCCGUAUUUGUUCGCCACUUUUUUGGCGUCCUCCGUGUGGAACACAACUGCCUUUAAUGUUGAAACGGGAGGCUUCAGCAAUAAUGUGCAUUGUUUGGCCAGGUGCAUAUGUGCUGUGAUAGCAGGAAGUGAAUUUGUCAGACUUGAAAGAGAAUAUCAGCAGAGAGAAUAUCAUUCAAAUGGUCACAUGGGUGAGUCAUUGGAUCUCGAGACGCAGAGCUAUACAUCGAUAGAGGUAAGCAUAAAAUCGACAAUGCAGCUUUUCAUCAAAUUCUCCGCCGGAAUUGUUCUAGAGUCUUGGAGUGAAAGCAAUAGGUCCCACCUCGUGGCAAAGCUGAUCUUCCUCGAUCAAGUGUGCGACAUCUCACCAUAUCUACCGCGAAGCUCCUUAGAAUCCCACAUACCUUAUGCUAUCCUACGAUCUGUAUACAGCCAAUACUACUCCAACUCAUCAACACCGCUUGCACUAUUGAAUCUUUCGCCACGUCAUUCUCCCACCAUGUCACUCGCGCAUGCUUCGCCCUCGAUGAGGCAUCAUCAUCCACGUGCUGACUCGACACCACAGUCGCAAGCCAACGAGUCGGGCUAUUUCAAGCCCUCGUCUGCUCACGGGCCAGACCACUAUGAGGCCGAUGGUUUUGGGCCGAGAAGCAAUAAUGAUGUCAGAAAUAGAAAUGGGAGGCGGUCGGGCCCAUUGGGCUACAGCUUAAGCAACAAGUCGAAGUUUGUGGAGGGGUCAACGUCGGGCAGCACGGGCCCAAGCCCAUUGCCGAGAUUCGCCGUGUCGAGGUCAGGCCCGUUAUUGUACAAAUAG